AUGUACUACGCGUUUUUCACCACAUUGACAUGUGUCUUAUCAGUAGUGCUUUACAAGUUGUAUGAGAGCAAGUCAUCAGAACUCAAAACUUUCAGAAAGGAGUUGGAUCAAAAAUUGGUGUGCGCCAAGAGGACCCUGGAUAGCGAAUCGUUGCAGUUGAAAAAAGAGCUCGAUGAGGCCAAAAGGCAAUUAAAAGAGAGCUCCGAUAGAAGCGACAAAGAAUUGCAUGAGCUUCAACACCAAUUAGAUGAACUCAGGAAACAGAAUAGGGUUGUCCAACAAAGGGAAAGUGAGGAGAAGCAACGGUAUAGCAAAGUAGUGGCGCAGGGCAAAUCCAGUGACCUGGAAGUGUCCAAUUUACAAAAGAGCCUAAAUGAAGCCAAGCAACAAUUGCAAAAGGCUGAGCAGGAGUUCAAAUUCAACUUCAACAAGAAAAUGGAGUCCGUGAUUGUGGAAAAGGACUCCCGCAUUGCUGAAUUGGAGCAGAAACUUGCGAACCAUGAAAGAGCAUUGACAAAGGAGCAGCAGCUUGCCUUGAGUGCGCAAGCUGGGAAUGACCAGGCUCUACGUGAUCUCCAAAAGAAGCAUUCCGAUGCUCAAGAGCAUUGGAACAAGGUGCAAUUGGAAAUGGACCAUCAUGUUGCUGAAAACAAUCGAUACAUAAAGUUAUCAGACACCCAGAAGAAGGACAUUGAGGACUUGGAGGAAAAAUACCGCAACAUGAACUCGGACUAUAUCAAAAUCACCAGAGACCUCGAGCAUUCGGAACAAGUUGUCAUUGAUGCCGAAAAAUUGGCUGAAGAUUUGAAACUUGCUCACAAGUUGUUAAACUCUCAACUCGUCAAGGAAAAAGAGUUGAAGGAAGGACUUGUGCUGCGUGUGGAAGCCUUGGAGAGAAAAGUCCAGGAAAAAAUCAAGUUUACAGAUAGAUUGACAGAAGAGUUGGCAACGCAAAAGGAACUUCAGCGCAGAUUUGUAGACUAUGCUUUGGAACUCAAGAAGGACCCCGGGUUCCCGCAAAGUCCUAACUUUUCGGCUGCUCCAAUAGAUCUUGAAAAUAUAUCGUCGGAUGAAGACGAUAGAGAGUUGGACGAGCACUACAACUCAAGCAAUCAGCAAAGCAACAGCAACAAUAGCAACAAUCAAAUCGAUAUUGAGAAAUUUGAAUUAAAACCAUCGGAAGCAAAAGACAUUAAAACAAAAUUCAACCAAAUUUGUGCUUACAUAAACCAUUUGAAAGUUGAAUUGAGCUCAUCCCGCGAAUCCGAUCUUCAGAAAGGAUUGGAAGUGGAAAACUUGAAGAAGGAAGUUUCUCAGUUGGUUGCUAUCAAGAAUCAAUACUUGCAGCAUAUGAGCGAGGAAAUCACGAAAAACUGCCAUUACGAUGCUGCCUUGCGGCAGUUUCAACUGGCUUUGACGUCCGUUACGAGUCUUAGUGAAUCCGAUGACGUUGUCCAGAGUUUGCAGAACCUUUUGAAUCUCAAUCAGGGUAUAUUGGAAUACAACAGGGAAGCUGAGGAAAGAGUACAAGCUCAAGAGUCAUGUGACGAGGACCGAACGCGUGAAACCACCACUAGUUUGAAACCACAAACUGGCAAUAUAAACAACAAAGGAAAUGAACCAGCUGACGCUAAAGGAGACGUGAAGCCCUCACAUUCUACUGGGGAGUCUGUUGAAAUGUCAAAUAAUACCGUGAACGAGGAGGAAAAAAGAUCCAAAGAUCGACUGGGACGUAGGUUUGAGGCACUUGACGCUUACAGCAAGAUCAAGACGGACAGGCUGAGUAAGCCCGCAGUUGGAGGGGCCAUUUCGCCCACCAAAGAGGCUGUCAGUGAACAUGAGAACGGAGUAGCCAAGGGAACCAAAAAAUCUCCCAGAGAGCCUGCUGCCGCUCAUGGUGAACAUUCCGCAGAAGGUGUUGAAUCACAAAAUGAUGACAUUAAGGCUGGCAAGCUGAGCCAACCCAGCGUUGCGGAUGCUAAUUCAAAGUCCACCGUUGAGAACCAAGAGAAGGAGCACAACGGAGUAAUCGGUGAUUCUGUGAAGCCUACUUUGGACAAGAACCAAAUUCCAUCGCGAGAGGAUGACGAGGUCGAAACGUCCAAGAACCAAGAUGAUGAUGAUGAUGAUGAUGUAACGGGCCAGAAACAACCCCAAGUCCCUGAAACAUCUGGUGGAUUGAUCAGAGAAACACCGGCCAAGAAAGAAGAAGCCGAGGAUAAUAAAUCGUUGUCAGAUGAAUCCAAGAAGGAACUAGGAGUUGGAGAACUGGCAUCUGGAGAUACAAAAAAACCGAUUACUGCGGAAAAUAGACGAAAUACUCACGAUAACGCCUUGGAUGCAUAUAACCAGAUCAGGACUGAUAGGUUGAGUAAGCCUGCUUUAGGUGGCGCAAUCAGUCUUGCCACGUCAGGCUUAAAGUCGAAAGACAGCGAUAACGAAACGCAGUCGACUGGUGAGGAUUCUUUAAAAUCUGCUGCCGAGAAAAAAGAAUCAACUGGGGCAACAGCACUGCCGAGACCUAGCAACGAACUGGAUACUUUGAGUUCGAUUGAUGAAAAAUUGAAGCAGUCGCUCGAGAACGAGUCCCAGGAGGAUGAAAACCCAAACUCAAAAGAGAAUUCAAACUCAAAUGCGAAUUUAAGUUCGGGCGGUGACUUUUUGGAUCCUCAGAAGGAAGAGCAACCUUUGAACGAGAAUUACAAUCUAGAAGCAGCAAGUUCUCAGAACGUGCCUACACGCACAAGUGAGUCGGUCGAUCCCGUGGAUCAAUCUUCCAAAGUUGACUUGUCUGAAAAUGUGCAACGAGAGCAUGAGAGAGACGAUCAUCAAGCGGAUUCAAAACAAAAAACCCAUGAUCAAUCUAGCGGCUCUUCUCCCGGAAGGAAAGACAGUUUCUCAUCUGCAAAAAUUGGUAGUCAAAUUGCCGAAAAACGAAGAAAAAACCUGGAGGAGCACGAUGUGCACAGUCAAUCAAGUAAUCCAAAAACGCAACCUAUGGGAGAGGCGUUGACAAAUGCCAUGAGCGAUCAAAGCAUCAAGGAGAAUGCGAAGAAAAUCUUUGAGCAGUAUCAACUUGGCCUUAAAGACUAG